UGCGCGCUGUCGAGCUUUUAGCGUGUAGAUAAUCUACACAGACUGUGAUUUACAACUGCGAGGAUCUAAUGCAAAGCAAUACUUCAACAUCUCCAAAAGCCAUCAACUCGUCAGGAUAUGUGAUGCACAGACGUCCCGUUUGCACAAUCGAAGCGACAGCGAUCUCAAAUGUGUGGAUGAUUUUAAGCACUCGUUAAACGGAUCUUGUGUUUGUUUUCUUCGGGUCGGUUCUGGUGGAGGUCGCAACGGGCCUUUCAGGGUUAUGCAGUAAUGGAACAGCUAUUAUUUCUUGUAAUUUUGUACUCGCUUCCUACUCUCAUCUCAGCCAUACAUAAUUCAACGACCGGAGGAUGUGCAAUAAUUCGUCCCCCCAGAGAUGGAGGGAUUCGCUACCGAGGACUGACUCAGGAACAGAUCCGCAGUGUGGAGAUCUUACCCGUGGACUAUGAGAUUGAAUAUAUCUGCAGAGCAAGCAGAGUUAUUGUAGGGCCCAAGGUCCGAAAAUGCCUCCCCAAUGGAACCUGGACUGAAAUUAACCAGAUCAGCAGAUGCUUAUUGGUUUGCCCUCGUUCAUGGAUGUCUCUGGAGAAUGGAAGGGUGGCGCUGCUGCCCCCUGGACAGCCAGUAGAGGGCACUGUUCUGCGUUACAGCUGCCAUGCUGGCUUCCUGUUGGAAGGUUUCAACAUUUCUCACUGUACCAAGCUGGGCAAAUGGGACUCACUUAAACCACUGUGUGCACGUGACAUGAACUAUACAGGCAAAAAGAAACUGUACAUCGGAGCUCUGUUUCCCAUGAGUGGAGGAUGGCCUGGUGGACAAGCGUGUCUCCCCGCAGCCCAGAUGGCGUUGGAUCUCGUUAACAACCGGAGCGACAUUCUGCCGGACUACGAGCUGGAGCUCAUUCAUUACGACAGUUUGUGUGACCCAGGUGAAGCCACAAAACUGCUGUAUGACCUGCUAUACACAGAGCCGAUAAAGAUCGUUCUUAUGCCCGGCUGCAGCUCUGUGUCCACGCUGGUGGCCGAGGCGGCACGCAUGUGGAAUCUCAUCGUGUUCUCAUACGGCUCUAGUUCUCCGGCUUUAUCUAAUCGUCAGCGCUUCCCCACUUUCUUCCGUACGCACCCGUCAGCAACUUUGCAUAAUCCUACACGUGUUCGGCUCUUCCAGAAGUGGGGAUGGACUAAGAUCGCCACUAUCCAGCAAACCACUGAAGUUUUUACCUCGACGUUGGAUGAUUUGGAAGAGCGAGUAAAGGAGGCCGGCAUCGAGAUAAGUGUCAGGCAGAGCUUCCUCACUGAUCCCGCGGUGGCUGUCAAAAACCUAAAGCGUCAAGAUGCGAGAAUCAUAGUCGGCCUCUUUUACGAGACUGAAGCAAGAAAAGUGUUUUGUGAGGUCUUUAAAGAGAAACUUUAUGGUAAGAAGUAUGUAUGGUUCCUCAUCGGCUGGUACGCAGAUAACUGGUUUAAGAUCAAAGAUCCGGCCAUCAACUGCACAGUGGAGAACAUGACGGAGGCGGUGGAAGGGCACGUCACCACUGAAAUCGUGAUGCUGAAUCCAGAGAUCGUCCGCGGUGCUUCAAACCUGACCUCGCAGGACUUCAUGGCACAGCUGAUGUCACGUCUGGGUGGGAAAAACCCUGAGGAAACGGGUGGGUUUCAGGAAGCUCCGCUGGCGUAUGAUGCCAUAUGGGCCCUUGCACUGGCCCUCAAUAAAACUGUGGCCCCCCUGAGGGCCAAAGGGUGGGCACUGGAGGACUUCAACUACAACAACAAAGAUAUCACAGCAGAGAUUUACCGAGCCCUCAACACAAGCUCGUUUGAAGGAGUAUCUGGUCAUGUUGUGUUCGAUGCUCAGGGAUCGCGUAUGGCCUGGACUCUAAUAGAGCAACUUCAAGGUGGGAGCUACAAAAAGAUUGGAUACUAUGAUAGCACAAAAGGCAACCUGUCCUGGUACGCAAACGACAAAUGGAUCGGUGCCAGCCCUCCAGCAGACCAGACCAUGGUGAUUGAGGAGUUCCGGUAUCUUUCUCAGAAGCUCUUUGUCUCUGUGUCUGUCUUUGCCGGACUGGGAAUCCUUUUCGGAAUAGUUUGCCUCUCCUUCAAUAUAUACAACAGUAGUGUUAGAUACAUCCAGAACUCCCAACCCUAUCUAAACAACAUGACCGCAGUGGGCUGCGUUUUAGCUCUGGCUGCCGUCUUUCCCAUGGGCCUUGACGGCUUGCAUGUUCAUAGAUCACAAUUCCCAGUUGUCUGCCAGUUUCGCCUGUGGCUGCUAGGGCUUGGCUUCAGUUUAGCCUAUGGCAGCAUGUUCACGAAGAUCUGGUGGGUUCACACAGUGUUCACUAAAAAAGAUGAGAAAAAAGAUAAAAGGAAGCACUUGGAACCGUGGAAGCUGUAUGCGACAGUCGCCGUUCUGCUCUCUAUCGAUGUCCUCUCUUUGCUUAUCUGGCAGAUCGUGGACCCAUUGCACAUCACUGUGGAGAAGUUCACUAGAGAAGCUCCAAAAGUAGAUCUAGAUGUGUUGAUUCAGCCUCUUCUUGAGCAUUGCAGUUCAGAAAAGAUGAACACGUGGCUUGGUGUGGUGUAUGGCUACAAGGGUCUUCUCUUGCUGUUGGGAAUAUUUCUUGCCUACGAGACCAAGUCCAUCUCCACGGAGAAGAUUAAUGACCACAGAGCAGUUGGCAUGGCCAUCUACAACGUAGCUGUGCUGUGUAUGAUAACUGCUCCAGUGACCAUGAUCCUCUCCUCUCAGCAGGACGCUUCAUUUGCAUUUGCGUCUCUGGCCAUCAUCUUCUCUGUUUACAUCACUCUCGUGGUUCUUUUUGUGCCUAAGAUACGUCGUUUGAUCACUCGUGGCGAGUGGCAGUCAGAACAGCAGGACACCCUAAAAACUGGAUCCUCCACAAACAACAACGAAGACGAGAAGUCACGACAGCUAGAGCGCGAGAACAGGGAACUCCAGAAGAUUGUGCAAGAGAAGGAGGAAAGAGUGACAGAUCUUCGGAAUCAACUCGCGGAACGUCAAGCCUUGCGUUCUCGCAGACCCACGUCCGUCCAAAAUCAGAACCAAAAUCACAGCGUUCCUUCCACUCAGACGGCCCCACCAAGCUACACAGAUAAACAGUCUCUGCCUUCAUCCUUCUCCAAUUCCUCGAACCUCUACCAGGGCGAAGGCAAACUGAGCCGAAACAACUGCCACAACAGCCGGUUGCCCCUCCUGUACAAAUGAUUCAAGGCUCCCGAUUGGAUAAAUCUCGAGAAAGCAAGUAGUGUCUGUUAACCUGUUGUUUAUGAACUCUCUCUUUAUUUUUAAGUUGAUACCUUUUGGCUUCCUGAAAUUCCUUGUGACUUCCUAUUUAUUUACUUUUUGAGUUUCAAAAACAUAUUUAUCGAAAUACUUUAACUAAAACUACAAACAUUCUGUGUUGCACAGUCAAGGUAAUAUAAUAUUUAAUUUAUAGGUGUAUGUAUAUAAUUAACCAAUGAUGUCAACAAACAGGAGUCCAUUAGUCAAACUUAUUAACAGCCUUUGUAGGUUGGACGGUGCUAAUUCAAAGAAUCCGAGCUGGUGUCCGGUUGAGUUUAGUGUCAGAUAGAUGUGCGUCAGAAGUUUCGUUCGUUUGUGUUUUGAUGUUAUUUUGCCCUUGAGCAUAAUACCUAGAUCUGAGUUCCUCAAGGGGAACUGACUGUUUCUCAAACUGGACCGUUGAAAAUUCCUUUGGAUAAAAGUGUCUUUUAAACACUAGGACAAGAUGUUUAGAAAGGAGUAUCCGGCUGCUGGAGCCAGAUCCGGUCAAACGUUUCUUUGAAUUAUUUUGGUGAAUGUCAGCGAAGGAGGAGUGCGUUUGAAGGUGUCACUUUAAUCAGACCGACCUCGCAUUGUGCGACAGAGGGUAUCAGAGGCUCUUUCUCAUCCGGCUCACUAUAGAAAGGUUUUAGCUGAAGCUGUGAUAUACUUCUGAAGGUUUUUCACCUGAGUCUAGUCGAUACUCUGGCAUACUUCCAUACUAUAUAGUAGGCGAAAAUCUUCAGUCAGGAAUAGUAUGUCCGAAACCUUAGUAUGCAAAAAACAGUAGGCGAGAAAUACCCGGGUGGUCUUCAACUUACAUAUAGCGGAAAACUUUAAGGCGGACAUCUGUUUUUUAUGUAAGGGCCUAUAAAUUACUUUCACAAAACUAAAUUAUGUUUUUAUAAACGCUCAUGUGUAGGUUGUAGUUAGUACAUCAUAGGUCAAAGAGCAUACGGAUCACAUGGCCAUAUACUACUCCCAGUCAUAGCACAUACUGUUUCAACGGCCAGUAGGUAGUUACUUAUUCAAAUUCAGUACGUACGUCACAGUAUGCGAUUUCGGAUGCAGCCUCUAUUUCUUUUAAUAAUUUUCCCGAUAAAUCCUUACGGCUGUUCCUGUCUCACUCUCAUAAUUCAAUCUGUAGAAUAACAAUAGAUAACAGUGCAAUGAAAUUACAUGAAAUAAGAUUUUUUUCUUAAACAAUCAUGGUGGGAAAUAGUCCUGAUAAAUGUAUCACUAAUAACAGUUUGCUUGUCAGAAAGUUUGUAUUUUGUGAGUCUGUCACAGUUCACUUGGAAAUGAAGCACAGGUCUUAAACAGCUUCUAAGGCUUUCGCACAUUGCAGCCCAGAUUUGUCACACACCAAGCCACCUCUAUUUUCUAACAAGUUGUAUAAGGAAGAUUUGCUUUGAAAUAACUACAUGUUGUACUUCAUAUGAAGAGCUUGGUUCCAAAAUCAUGUUUUUUAUUGUGCAAUCCAAUGAAUAUAAAUCAAACUGCACUUGGUUUGUUUUGAUUUAAGCCAUAAUAACACAAAAAAUACAGCUAACUAACACAAUAAAUAUAUGAUGACAUAAUAAAAUCAUGUUUUUGGAACAUUUUUAAAAACUGACUUCAUUUUGGAACCAAACUCUUCAUAUAUAGGCCUAUAGGAAAAUACAUACUAAAUACAUGUACAAAUAAUACUGUUGUAUUGCUUAAAAGUGAAUAUAAACUUGUUUUCUUUAUUUAAGGUCUGAAAAAUACAGAGCAUCCUUUCUCCAGUUCUCAUUUUCUGCAAAUAAAUGCAAACAUAAUUGUAUUUGAAAUUUGGGAGGAAUAUUGUUAGUAGUUCACGGAAUAAAAAAAAGAUCAUUACCCAAACACAUACACAUAAAUAGUAAAUUCAGAAAAAACUAAAAUAAUUUUGAAAUGGUCUACUAGUUUUUCCCGCGGCUGUAGAUAUCUGUAAACAUUGUUGCUGAAUUCUAAUCGAUGCCUAGAUCCUACAGAUUCCUGGUCUGUGCAAUAUAUUUGUUUUUACUUUUUUAUUAAAAAAAUAAUUUUGUGGCUCUAACAAAUGGGAGUACAAACAUAUAAUCUACAGCAGUAGUCCUCACCUGUUUUAGUUAAAAUUUAAACUAUACAAUGUACAUUAUCUACCGCACACAAUAUCAAACCUGUAAUCAUCAUUUAAUGAAGCCUUCUUCAUGGUUUUCAAGGAUGAUGGCAUGUCAAACAACCUGCCUGUUAGCAUAAACCUAAUAUGGCUAAAUUCUGCCAAGUAACAAGUUCAUUUGAGCCAUAUUGAGUUUCAUGAUCUUUGAAGACAACAACACAGUAUAGAAAGUGUUUUUUCUCUUCUUUUGAAAAGUUAUAUAGCUCGGUUAUUUUUCUAUUCUAAAUGCAUAAAUACAUAGUUAAAUGCAUUCGCAUUCAACAUUUUCUUUCGUUUUUCUUUACCCCUGACUAAUGCGAUCAGAGCAGGCUUGAGAAGUGACUAUUUAUUUGCGUUGUGUGUCUAUGUGUAUAUUAAAUGUACAAAUUAUACAAUGUAUGAUAACGUCUUUUGUACGAUUUCAAUAUCACGUAGACGGCCAUUUCUUUGCAUUUAAAUGGAUAAAUUUGAUACGUGGAAGCUUUCCCAUUAACUGUUUUAUUAUUCUUAAAAACAAUUUGACAAAAUAAUUUAUGAACACUGUCACAAUUGCAAAUUUCAUAACUACUAUAACUGGUUCACAAAUGCCCGACUCCCAUUUUUGCAGUUACGGGUUGAGUCAAUGCUUAGAAUUUUGCACUUGUGGACAAUCUCUAUCUAUACUUACAUUUAUUACAAUAUUGUUGUGAUUACUAAUAUCCUUUUUCUUUUCUUCUGGUGAGACAAUCACAUACUGUUUAACAAUGUUUACACAAAAAUACAAUAUUUGGAUUUGUUUUUCAGACAAAACUGUGCAUUGAUGCAUGUUUCAUCGUUGUAUCUUUACCACUGAAAAGUACUCAUGUAUAAACUAUCAAGUAACAAGCAAUGAUUCAUUUGACAAGAGUAGUAGGCUAAAGCACAUUGUUUUCCCUCUAGUAUACUAAGCAUUCUAGUAAUGUAGCUCAGGGUGUGUGACUAUAUACUGUAUAACACUUGACACACUGUAAAAGUACAAUCUGUAAUUACUGAAACAGUGCCUUUUGUACUCAUUUGAGUGGAUCUUCCAUUGUAGAGAUCUGAGUGGAGUCACCAUUGACAUGUGAGGGUUUGGUAUAAUAAGGCACUUAUUUCUGAAGGCCGUACAGUUGCAGCAAUUACCGAUUUCCCUUUUAAAUGUACUGUUUCUUGUCAGGUGUGUGCACUAUACCACAAGGAAUUUUUUAAUACUUCCAGAUGUCUGUAAGUCAUGUAAUUAAGUCCCUUGUGAUUUUGGAAAGGACAUAAAUGAAUCUAUUAUGUAUGCUUUAGAAAGUUUCUCUAAAUAUGCAAACGUUCUGGAUGUCAACAUUCAAUAAACUCAUUAUUUUGCACUGAGA